UUGCAGCCGGGAAUGAAGACCCCUCAUGCUCAGAAUCCUCCACCAAACCCCCUGUGACCUGCAGAGGAGAGGAGAAGGAUGGGGCAUGUGGCCAAUAAGAGCUUCGCUCUCUCGUUCUCCGUCCAAUCGGCCGCUGUUUACAGGUUGGGGCGGGACUAGGGGGAGAGGAGGGGGCGAUCCCAGGCUGGCUCUGGGCGCCGAGGUUCGGUGGCUCAUAGAGAGAGCGCCUCGCAGGGAGUCGGCGCCUAAGCGACGCGGGAAGGAGCCACUGCCAAAACCACCGCCGCCACUGCUGGCCAAGGUGCUGGACACGACAGGCCAGCCGGCCACCUCGUCAGCUCAGGCGCCCGUUGCAGCCGCAGCUGCUUCGCUCCCAGCCCGGUCCCCAUGGAAGAGAUGGAAGAAGAGUUAAAAUGCCCCGUGUGCGGCUCCUUCUAUCGCGAGCCCAUCAUCUUACCCUGCUCUCACAAUAUAUGUCAGGCGUGCGCCCGCAACAUCCUGGUACAGACCCCGGAGUCAGAGUCCCCCCAGAGCCGACGGGCCUCGGGCUCCGGGGUCUCUGAUUAUGAUUAUCUGGAUCUGGACAAGAUGAGCCUGUACAGCGAGGCGGACAGCGGCUACGGCUCCUACGGGGGGUUCGCCAGCGCCCCUACUACACCGUGCCAGAAGUCCCCCAACGGCGUCCGUGUGUUCCCGCCGGCUAUGCCGCCACCGGCCACCCACCUGUCACCGGCCUUGGCCUCUGUGCCCCGCAACUCCUGUAUCACCUGCCCCCAGUGCCACCGCAGCCUCAUCUUGGAUGACCGGGGACUCCGCGGCUUCCCCAAGAACCGCGUUCUGGAAGGGGUAAUUGACCGCUACCAGCAGAGCAAAGCGGCUGCCCUUAAAUGCCAGCUCUGCGAGAAGGCACCCAAGGAAGCCACCGUCAUGUGUGAACAGUGCGAUGUCUUCUACUGUGACCCGUGCCGCCUGCGCUGCCACCCGCCCCGGGGUCCUCUGGCCAAGCAUCGCCUGGUACCCCCAGCCCAGGGCCGCGUGAGCCGGCGGCUAAGCCCACGGAAGGUCUCCACCUGCACAGACCACGAGCUGGAGAACCACAGCAUGUACUGCGUGCAGUGCAAGAUGCCCGUGUGCUACCAGUGCUUGGAGGAGGGCAAACACUCCAGCCACGAAGUCAAGGCUCUAGGGGCCAUGUGGAAACUGCACAAGGUAAGUCCUAAGAAAACCCACCCCUAA